ACAGGCAAGACAACAGCUCAGCUCAGAGUCACUGCUGCCAACACAGAAGAAGACAUGGUGUCAAUCAAAACUGCGCUGACGGUGAUCACACUCCUUACCAUCUGUCUGCUGGCAACAGACACGUCUGCAUUGAAUCCUGAAUGCUGCCGAAGAUACAUGUUAACCAAAAUACCAUUUACUGCAAUCAGGGGGUACUCAGUCCAGACUCACAAGGAGCUGUGUUCUCUCAAUGCCAUCAUUUUCCACACUAGGAAGGGUAAAGCAUGCACCAAUCCUGCUUUGAACUGGGUAAUGGACUAUGUCGACCGUCUGAGGAAUAGAGCACAAAUGGUUCACAUGAAGACCUCAAAAGCAUAGGAGUAGACCUCAAAGAUGAAGAAGUUAUUCUGCGGAGCCCGACUACUGCCAACAAACUCUUGUUUCACAGUUUUAUAAUUCAAUGAACUCCUGUUCAACAAAACUGCUUAUAAUUAAAAAAAUGCGUUGAUACGUUAUAUAAGUUUGUAUAAUAUUAUUUUAAUAUUAUUUGUGCACGGAAGAUUUUGUAUAUGUACAUG